UAAGUUACACCAGGGGGCAAAACAGGCUGUUUUUAUUUGACCGUAUUGUGCCUGAUGCAACUUUUUGUGGUUUCUCUGCUCACCCCUGCUUCACAAUGAGUCAAGACUAUCACAGACAUGAUGCAAACACCCGGCUCGCCAGGCAAAUCAACUGAGAUGGAGAAAAAAACAAAUCCUGGAGACGUCUGGAGAGAACUGACCCAAAUCUAGAGUUAAUGCACACAAGCUAAUAUGGAGCCAAACACGAGCAGGGAAACCUCACCAGACAUUCUCACAAUCCUCACAUAUGAUGGGAGGACUGUCACCAGAAUCAAUGUUGCCACACAAACAAGCAGCAGAUUUGAAGACCUCGGCUUUAUGCCGCAAUAUAUUUUUCCUAAGAAGAAAGAAGAUCAUUAUGACAGUUCAGGGCAGAAAGCUGAUGAUGAGAGUGAGUUGAAGAUAUCCCCAGAUAAUGAAAUGUUGGAUUUGCACAGCAAGGGAACUCCCCGCUCUCCUAGAGCCUGCCAAGAAGGAACAGAAGAGACCUUAACUAAUCUUGACAAGGGGGUGACUGAUGGAGAGUCAGAAAAAGAUGAAAGGUCAGUACACAUCCACAGUGACCAUGAGCUGAAGUCGAGAGAGGAUUCAGAUGGAUCAGGACGCGUAGAAACCACCUCAAGUGGUUUAUCGGAUUACGAUUCAUCCACCUCAGGAGAGUUUGCACUGGAGGGUGAAACAGAAAUGAGUUACAACAGCAUCUUCUCUUUCAAAGUGAGGAAGGAGAGACUAAAGAAGUUGCCGCUUAUCAGACGCUACAGAAAUGGCAAAUUAUUCAAUUUGGUCUUACAAGAUGGAACUGGACAGGUGUGCUAUCCAUCGGGAAGACUAGCCAUCCUUGUGGCAACAUCGCAUUCAACCAACUCGUCUUGUGUGGUGGUUCUGGAGAAUAAAAUCGAUGAGCCACAGAUUAAGGCGCUUUUCACCAGCAGAGAGCAGACCUGCUUUCAUGAGAAUGGCAACAUUUGGGUUAAUCUUACUUCAACAGGAGGUGCGUUGUUCAGUGAGACGGGAGAUCUGAAGAAACACUGGAAGUGGCAGGAGAAUGAGCAACAUGUUCAUGCUCCCCCCUGCCAGCCCAUGCACCUCAGCCUAAGCCCUUUCCUUGAAGUCCACAUCAAAUCCCAGGAAGACAUCAGCAUCCUUUUCAACUCCAAAAAACACAGCGUGGAGGUCACCAAAGAGGCUAGUGUGAACACAGAACAUGUCAGAAAGCAAACGCUGCCAGUGGCUGACUCGCUUCAUUCUUAUCUGAAGCAGAAGUGUCCAGAGAUCAAGGCGCUGCUCCAGAACAUGCAGUCCCUCAUCCCCUAUCAAAGCAGCGCAACUCCAUCGAAGGUCAGCCCUCAUCCUGCAGAUGGAGAGGCAGCAGCUGCCAGUGAAACGGCAACACUCUGCCAAGAAGACCCCCCAUAGCAGACAAUGUCCUUCAAUAGGAUUUUCUCAUUUGCGUGAAGCGACUUGAGCCGUGGCGUCCCUUGAAUUUGAAUUUAACGACUAAGUGCUUUUUAGAAAUAAAGCCAAGUAACAUUAAUAA